GCCCCGCGCCAUUCAAUUGUAAGCCUUCGUAGCCGACGCGCGCGCGCAGUGACAAGUUUAAGUUGAAAACAAGUGCCGCGAAGUGAUAAAAAUGGCUUCCAAAGUCGCCCUACACGUGCUAAAUGUCGUCUUCACGAUAUUCGGACUGAUCCUCUUCAGUGGUUCUAUUGCUUUCUUCUGUUACAUCAACAUGUUUGUAACGCUUCGGAACAGCAAUCAUUACCUUCUGGACUAUAAUGUGUACUGGCCUCAAGCCGUCCCGUGGAUGUUCUUUGUUACGUCACUGUUUGUGAUCUUCAGUGCCUGCUGCGGAUGUAUAGGAGCUAAGAAAAAUAGUAAGUCGAUGAUAACUACUUACGGGAUAUUCGUAUCUGUAGCUACAGCUUUACUAAUGGGCAUGGCUAUAGUUGCCCUAGUUUGCGCUGAUGGUCCUAGGACAGAUAACUUCAUUAGAGACACAAUCUGGGACGCAUAUUCGCAAAUGAAAGACCAUCCUGAUCUUGAACAGUACUUUGGAAACGUCGAGAAACGUCUAUAUUGCUGCGGCGCAGAUAGUCCAAGAGAUUACGUCAGCUGGAGAAAUGAAUUCCCUCAAUCAUGCUGUGAUGUCGUCAGGUACAGUUUUCUAGAUGCCUAUCCGAUUGACUGUAGCACAACCAACAAGCUAGCCAAUGAGAGACACGGAUGUUCAGAAGUCGCAGCUCAGUAUGCAAGAAUCGGCAUCAAAGUUUUAUCGGGAUUCUCAAUUUUCACUGCAUUAAUUGGCUUGUUAACGCUCGCCGUCGCUUUUUCAACGUCCAAGAAAAUCAAGAACAGGAGGAGAACACCUCAAGUGAUAGAUGGUAGAGAAUUAGAAACCAAAAAAGUGCUUCUGUAAAGACUAACUAAUUUAGUGUUAAGACUGUGUUUGUGCUUGUUUCUAUCCUCACGAAAGCGAGAGUAAGUAACAUUUUCUGUAAACAAUGAUGUAAAAUAUGUUGUAAGACUUGCUAGUGUAGCUUCAUUUGACACUAUUUAUUUGAAUCAUUUAGUUUAAUGGCAUUUAUCAUUAGCACAAAAGCCAAAAGAACCAACCCAUUUUAUUGUAAACGUAAAUGUAUUGUUAUCGCUUGAACAUUAUGGUCAAAAACAUCGUAAACGCCUGUACAAUCAACUGUACAAAGAUUGUACAGUUAUUUGGGUCAUUUUUAUUCUUAUAAACUAAAAACUGUUCUGAACAAAAAAAUUAUAAAUACAUUUGUUAUAUGUGCAAUUUAAAACUUAUUUUCUGUUUUAUCUCUUAAAAUGGCGAAGCAUUUGAUAUGGACUUGUGCCCCUUUGUAUCUCAUAACCUAAAACCGUUUAGAGCUAAAGUAGCGUUAGUGCAUUUAGUUAUACAUUCCAUUAUAUUUCUAAUAGCCUUAAGCUUAUAGCUUAGAAUGGCAUUCACAUUCACGCACGUAUGAGUCAUUUUGUGUCUCUUUAAUUUAAAAUUAUUCAGAUCCAAAGUAACUCAAGUGCAAUUGAUUGUACGUUCCAUUGUAAUAUUAACUGCUAUUAAUCUUAGACUUUAGAAUGACAUUAACAUUAAUGUUCGUAUAAGUCAUUUUGGUUCUCACUAAGUGGAAACUAUUCACAGUCAAAGUAACUCAAGUGCAAUCUGUAAAACAUUCCAUAAUAAUCUUACCGCUGUAAUUUGAAAGUCUAAAAUGAUGUUGAAAUCACGUACAUAUGAGUCGUUUUGGUUCUCGUUUAAUAAAAGCUGUUCAGAAUCAAAGUGGCUCAAGUGCAAUCUAUUCUACAUUCCAUUAUAAU